CCUUCCACGCUUCCACUGAUUGGAAACGGGCCAUGUGUACUUGUUUACAUUUUUCAUGAUCGUUGGCAGCAUGGACCAACGUCGUGCAUCGUUAAGCUCCGUCGUGGCGACGCUCGUCACGAGCAUUCUAGAUAGUAGUAGCAGUAGUAGCAGUAGCGACAGUGAGGAGGAACUUAUACUGCACCAACUUCUGAGUGUCGCCGACGCCACUCGCGUACCGAGGGUAGCCAAAUGCGUCGAGAAGGCCUUGUUCAAAUACUCGGACGAAGAGUUCUUCCAGGAUUUCCGUAUACGUCGCAACGUCGUUCUGCUGCUCAUUGAACGCUACGCGAAAUCAAGUUUCUACAUUCGGCGUUCUGAUCAUGGUGGAUGUCCGCAGAAAAGCCCCGAAGAACACAUUCUUUGCUUUCUUUGGUAUGCUACGAACAAGGUGUGCAUCAAAGAUGUUGCCACUCGCUUUUGCUUAAGCGAAAGCACAGUUCAUGGCAUUACAGAGAGGUUGCUAGAUUACCUGUGCAGCCUCCUUCCCAAAGAAAUAUGCUUCCCUGAAGAUCUGGACUCACUCGUGGAAGCUUUUGAACAGGUUGCAGACUUUCCAGGAGUUGUUGGCUGCAUUGGCGGGACACGCGUCAACACACGCAGUCCAUCCCACUCCCAAAGAACACCUUCCACCCAUGGGCAGGGCUCUGCAUCUGUCACUCUGCAAGCCGUGUGCGACAGCAGGUGCCGUUUUAUGGACAUCUUUGUCGGACCACCUGGAGAUUUCGAACUGGACAGUGUCUUCCUUGCAUCGUCUUUAGCCGAAGAGCUGCCAUACUGGUGCCUGGACAAGUACCACCUUUUGGGGAAUGGGGGCUACCCACUGCGUGAAUACCUGCUCACUCCUUACGACAGUGACGUCACCGACUGCGCUGAGCCCUCUGAAAUAACAUUCAACGAGCGACACGAGAAGAUCAGAACCAAGAUAGACGAUGCCUUCAGGCUUCUGAGGCAACGAUUCAGGCAGCUGCACUUCUUGGAGUUUGUGACAGCAAACAAGAUGCGCAGGUUUAUCAUGGCUUGCUGUGUCCUCCAUAAUAUAUGUGUGCAAGCUGGGGAUGUUGAACUGGAUUUUGAGUGCCUCGACACCAAUAGUGGUGUUCUAAGCACAUGUGGCGAGUUGGAAACGGAGGCAGAGGAAGAAGACGAGAGGGAGCUUGGCAGUUUGAAGAGGGACAAUCUUGCUCGAAGUUUUCUGCCAUAGUUUCUCUUUCAUUCUGUCAAUUUCCCAAUUGUACAGUGGAUAACAACCUUCAGAGCUCUAAUGGAUUCUUAUAGUUUUGUGAUAACAACAUGCAGAGAGUCAUCGUCAGAAAAUUAUGAAAUGUAAGCUGGUAUUUUGAGCGAAAAUUCUUUUAAAGAACUUUGUGACGCUGUGCAUCCUCUGAUAUUUUAUUGUCAUUCAUACACACAUUCUCCAGUUGUAACACUUUCUUACGUUUGUUAAUACUCUUGACUUUUUCAUGUGCAUCGGUGCUACCUGCAGUUGAAAAAAAAAAAAAGAAGUCCAGAUGUUCCUUGUUCCCUUAUUCCGGUAUAUUUAAGUCCAUUAUAUAACAGAGUUUCAGAGCUUAACACAGAGUUCCAGUUCUGCCGGUAAAACUGGUCGGACUUCUUCAGUAUGCAAAAAUUACUAGCAGUCUCUUUUUGGAAAUCGUAAAGCGGCAAUGGGCUGUUUGCAAGAACAACUCCCAUUUGACCUGACUGCCCAUCUCUACUGAUUAAAAAGUACAUUUAUUUAAUUUGAGUUAUUAACGUCUUAGUCAUUGCGAGAUGUCUGCUGUUACAGGGAGAGUAAUUAUGAAGACAGCGAGAGGAUAUCACAUCUCCCUGAUAGACUUAUCUUCUUGGUCGAAAAUGGACCUAUUAAAAGAUUUCAUUAUGAUGGGAUGUAACUUAAAAAUCGAGUAAUACAAGAUUUAAAAAUUUGGCAGAUCCCACGCCUUGUGGGAAUCUGUUUCAUGCGAAGCAGUCAGCAAGUACUUCUAUGCUGUAUUUUAUGGCUUUGAGCCAAGCGUUACGAGGUGGAUCGACGUUCUUUUGCAAGUGUAGUGGUUGUGUGCACACCGUUGGCUUACCAGGCAUGUCAACAACACUGGCAUUUAAAUGGUAACUUAUGGUGUGACGUAACAUCAGCACUCACGUUAGAGCACGUACGUCAGUAUUAUCAAAACGAAGUGCACUUUAAGGUGUAAUGAUGUGACUAUCAUACGUAAUUUUUGCUAAUGUAUUCCUCCAGGGUCAAGCAACGCUUCAAUAUAGCUUGCUGAAUCAUAGGAACACCAAUGUAAUGUUUAUUAGACUGCUAUAAAAGUGGAGCCAACACUAGAAUCACAGACGUCAAUAUGAUAUGACACCUGUAUCGUAGGAGUACAUAUGUAGUGUUUAUUGCUUUCUUGUAAAAUUAGAUAGCCAGCACCACAACCACAAUUGAUGUUGCAGUGACAUUUCACCUGCAUAGGCUGUUUUUCCAAAGCAGUUUCUAGACCUGGCUUGGCUCUGUGGUAGUAUAGCUUACUGCCACGCAGAAUGCUUGGGUUCGAUUCUUGCUGGGAUCCUAACUUUUAUUCUUUACAUUCAUUGUGUCAGUGCUGCCGAUGUCU